AUGGGAAAGUCAAGAGAUCUAUUCAAGAAAAUUGGCAAUCUAAAAGUUACCUUUCAUGCCAAAGUGAUAAAAGACAAAAAUGGCAGGGAAUUAACAGAAGAAGCUCAGAUAAAGAAGAGAUGGCAGGAAUACACUGAAGAUCUAUACAGGAAGGAUCUUAACAGCAGUGAUGACCUCAAUAGUUGGUCCAAUGAGAUGGAACCAGAAAUCUUGGAGAGCGAAGGGAGAUGGGCCCUAGGAUACCUUGCAGAUAACAAGGCUGCAGGAGUUGAUGAAAUCCCAAUUGAACUAUUCAAAAUUCUGCAAGAUGAUGCUGUGAAAAUUCUCCUUGCCUUAUGUCUACAAAUUUGGAAAACUCAACAGUGGCCAAAAAACUGGAAAAGGUCAGUCUACAUCACAAUCCCCCAAAAAUGCAAUGCCAAAGAGUGCUUCAAUUAUCGAACAAUUGCACUAAUUUCACAUGCCAGCAAGGUGAUGCUUAAGAUCCUACAAGCUCAAUUCAAACAAUAUAUGGACCGGGAAUUACCAGAUGUGCAAGCUGGGUUCUGCAGAGGACGAGGCACAAGAGAUCAAAUUGCCAAUGUACGAUGGAUAAUAGAGAAAGACUGGGCAUUCCAGAAAAAACAUCUACUUCUGCUUCUUAGACUAUUCUAA